AUGGCCACGCACUACGACCCGCUGGUCCGGGAGCCGCGCUUCUCGCGGGCGCGGAAUGCGCCCUUAUGGGAGAUCCAGGCCUUGUCCUGCCAUGUCCAUCCCACGGUGGCGUCUUAUGCUUCGAAGCUCCUGGAGGCGGAGGCUUUCCAGGACGUUGCCGGCAACCCCUUGGACGUCUUCUCCGUGCCCGAGCUGCUGGAGCAGUUCGCCUACCACUCCAAGGUUCGUAAGAACGACAAGUCGGAGAAGUUCGGGCGAAGCCAAAAGAAGGCCGCGGUGAACUCUGAGACCUUCCUGAAGCUGAAGACCGUGCAGCCCCACGAGAGGUUCUUCAAGGCCUACUUCAAGGACCCCACCGUCCAGGCAGAGCAGACGCGGAAGCGGAAGGCCAAGAAGCGGGAAGAAGAGUUGGUGGACGAAGAGGAUGGCCAGGACGCAGAUGCCUUCUUUGACGAGUACCUGAAGGGCGAGAUGCAGGAUGCCGACGAUGUGGAUGAGGAUGAGGAUGAGGAUGAUGACGAUGACAUGGACAUGGACGAGGAUGGGGAUGAAGACCAGGAAGAGAAUGCCGGAGGUGACAGCGAUAGUGGGGAUGAUGGGGUGUUCUGCGAGGGUGAUGCGGAUGAAGAUGAGGUCGCGCUGCAGUCAAAGGGCAAGAAGGAUAGAAGAGAAACGCUGCGGGGCCUGAAGCGGAAGCAGAAAGACUCGUCCUCGAUGUUUGCCUCCAUUGACGACUACCAGAAGCUGCUCGAUGCCGACGGAUGA